AUGGCGAGUUCGCGAUCGUUACUCCGCGAUCCUGAGUUGGAUGCCCUCGAAGGCCAGCGCGUCAUUCGACGGUUCACAGGUGAGCUUGCAGGUUCAAACGAGCUAGAGCGAUCAACCAAGGCAGCGCAAGCCGAGAUCGAUGAAGAAGAGUUGGAUAAUGAGAGAUUACGACUCAAAUCGCUCUACGAAAGCUCGGAAAGCCAUAACAACCAGUCAAGAGACUUCGUUGCCUCGGAGAUCGCAAAGAACGCACUACUUCAAAUGGUUAACAAGUUCAUUGAGAAUGAGAAACCUUCAAUGCUGCAGCGUAUAGGAUUCUCUCAUAAGCCAGCCAAGUCAAAGGCAAACAGCAUACUCUUAGAUUUGGUACAAAGCGAUCCAAAGGAGCUUGAGGCGACAAUUGAUAAUCUGGAAGAGAACUGGAAGCAAAAAAAUGGACGCAUAUAUCGAACUUUUAAGCUGCUGUGUAAGACCCUCGACGAUCAUAAAGCCGUCUUUUCAAUAUUUCCAUCUCAAAACGAAUAUACUUCAAUUCUAUGCUCGAGUAUUUCUUGUUUCGUAAAGGCAGCUAAGAAUCACAGCGAAAUUGCCGAAACACUAUCCGACUCCAUUCAUCGUAUUUCGGAGACUGUAGCUAGAGCUUCGAAAAACAUCUUGAUAUUCAAAACUCAGCCAAUAAGACAGAAGCUCGCGGAUAUCUAUGCUAUCGUAUUCCGAUUCCAUCACAAGACGAUACAGUGGUAUCUAAGUUCGAAAUUAACGAGAGCGUUUCUCUCUUUCAAUGAAAAUUUGAAGGCGGGUUUCGAAAGUACCGAGAAGGAACUUGAUAAAGAGAUUGAAGAGUUGUAUCGCGAGGCACAGAUUAGCCAGCAUGCCAUGGUCGCAAUUCUCUCCGGUAAUAUUGAGCGUUUGAGUGCUGAGUUACACCAGCAGCGAAUGCAUUAUGAAGUUACAGAUACCACAGCCGGUCAUCGUAUGAUAAGUUUGAUGGAGGCAAGUUGGAAUGGAAGUCAGUUCUCGAGACGAGCGCACCAAAUCGAGCCCGAGAAACAGAACCCGCUCAGCAGCCAACUGACACUCCAUGCCCCAGGCACGGUUGAAAAUAUAAUAACACGCGGUCAAGCCCGUACUUACAGCCCCGCUAUAGAGCGUUUCAUUGUCGGUGACGAAGGACCGUCUAAGUUCAGCACAGGCCAAUUCUGGGUUGCCGAAGAUGAAGCUUUACCGAAGCUGCGCGACUGGAUGGCCGAACAUGGGACGACACGUAUGUUAUGGAUAUCGAGCCCUUAUCAGCUAGGGGCUAUGACGAGUGCGCAUGCGUCAGCACUAGCCGUUGUAGCUGCAGCGUGGCAAGCAAAGGCAUCAUUAAUCUCUCACUUUUGUCAACGGCCACGGCGGGACGAGUUGCGCACAGGUAUGAGUAUUGAACAAAUAGGGUUGAUGGGUUUGGUAUAUAGCUUAAUCUCCCAACUGCUCCAGUUUAACCAAGAUAAAGCUAUCCUUAACACUGGGGAAGACACCUUCAGCAUGUUGAACGGAGAAAAGCAAUCCUGGGAUACGAGCUUAAAAGCCCUAGAAGUGCUGCUAAGUCAUACUACCGUAUUGAAAUAUUGCGUCAUUGACGGACUGAACGAGCUCGAGUUAGGGGAUGGUAGUCGAUGGUGCCAGGAAUUUUUAAACGUCUUACUUGGACGCCAACAGGCAAAAGAAACAGCGUUCAAUAUUCUUUUCACCACGGCCGGCCAAUCGCGUAUCCUGGCGUCAAGAGUAGAUGUUAAAGACCGACAUCUUGCAACCAGGCCUGCAAGAGAGUUGGCUAGAUGGGGAAGGAGGAUCGAGUUAGAGCUUUGAGG